AUGCGAAUGCCCCUCCCAAGAUUCCUAAUUUACCGUUCUUUGUCUAGUCUCUCCUCACCCGCAGAUGCUCUUUUAGCAGAAAAGGCACUAACCCUCCUCAAACGCGAUCCAUACCUCUUAACUUCUGUGUCUUCCAAAAUUACCCCUGAAUUAGCUUCAUAUUUACUUCUUCAAACCCAAAAUGAUCGAACCCUAAUCCUAAACUUCGUUAACUUUGCUAAACCCCGCCAAUUCUUUAAUCCUCACUGUAAAUGCAUUGCCCUUCACAUUUUAACCAAAUUCAAGACCUAUAAAACAGCUAAUCGUUUAGCUCAGGACUUGGCUGUAAAUACAGUUGAUGAGAAGGGUGAUUAUAUCUUUCAAUGUCUUAAAGAUACUUACUUUAUGUGUAAUUCAAGCUCUGCUGUUUUUGAUUUAGUGGUACAAUCUUAUUCUGAAUUGAAUUUUUUUGAAAAAGCUUUCAGAAUUGUUAAUUUAGCUAAGUUAAAUGGGUUUAUGCCUGGUAUUUUGUCGUAUAAUGCGAUUUUGGAUUCGAUAAUUAGGUGUAGAAAACCGCUUCGGUUUGCUGAGGAAGUGUACAGGGAAAUGAUUACAAGUGGGGUUUCUUUGAAUGUGUUUAGUUAUAAUAUUUUGAUUAGGGGUUUUUGUGCGGCAGGGAAUUUGGAAAUGGGGUUGAGUUUUUUUGAGAAAAUGGAAAGAAACGGGUGUUUGCCGAAUGUGGUUACAUAUAAUACAGUAAUUGGUGCGUAUUGUAAGCUGAAGAGGAUCGAUGAGGCGUUUAAAUUGAUAAAGUUGAUGGGGUUGAAACGUUUGGAGCCAAACUUGAUUACGUAUAAUAUGGUCAUUAAUGGGUUUUGUAGAGAAGGGAGGAUGGAGGAGACUACUAGGUUUAUUGCAGAGAUGGAUCGUAACGGUUUUGCUCCUAAUGAAGUGACAUAUAAUACACUUUUGAAUGGGUAUUGCAAAGUGGGUAAUUUUCACCAAGCGCUUGUUUUGCAUGCAGAGAUGUUGAGGAAGGGAUUGUCCCCUGAUGUUUUUACAUAUACUUCGUUGAUUAAUACUAUGUGUAAGGCUGGGAAUUUGACCCGAGCAAUGGAGUUUUUUGAUCAGAUGCAUGUUAGAGGUCUUCAUCCAAAUGGAAUAACAUACACGUCAUUGAUCAAUGGGUUUUCACAAAAGGGACUCAUGCACGAGGCUUACUGUAUUAGGGAUGAAAUGAUUCGGAGUGGAUUCCAGCCCUCAAUUGUAACUUAUAAUGCCCUUUUAAAGGGACAUUGUGUUUCGGGAAGGAUGGAAGAGGCCAUAGAAUUGUUACGAGACAUGGAGGGGAAAGGGUUGUCCCCAAAUGUUGUAAGCUAUAGUACUAUCAUAACUGGAUUGUCUCGAUAUCAAGAGUUGGACCGGGCAUUUCAAAUGAAGGCAGAGAUGGUUGAGAAGGGUGUUUCACCAGAUGCCAUUACCUUCUCGGUGCUUAUCCAAGGUCUCUGUGAGCAGAGAAGACUGAAUGAAGCUUGUGAUCUGUUCCAAGAAAUGUUGAAUAAGAGUGUGCCUCCUGAUGAAUUCACUUACACAAGCUUGAUUAAUGCUUAUUGUAAAGAAGGAGAUUUGAGCAAGGCUCUUAAUUUGCAUAAUGAAAUGAUAAAAAAAGGCUUUCUUCCUGAUACAGUCACCUACAAUGUGCUUCUUAAUGGACUUAACAAACAAGCUCGGACAAUUGAGGCAAAGAGGCUCCUGCUUAAGUUGUUUUAUGACGAGUCUAUCCCAAAUGGCAUAACGUAUGAUACACUGAUAGAAAGCUGCAGUAAUAUUGAAUUUAAGAGUGCCGCUGCUCUCAUAAAAGGAUUCUGUAUGAAGGGUUUGAUGAAGGAAGCAGAUCGAGUUUUUGAAUCCAUGAGUAAUAGAAACCAGAAGCCGAAUGAAGCAGUUUAUAAUGUCAUUAUACAUGGUCAUUGCAGAGAUGGUGGAAAUGUUCAGAAGGCAUAUAAACUAUACAAGGAAAUGGAUGAUUUUGGUUUUGUUCCUCAUACUGUGACCGUCAUUGCUCUGGUUAAAGCACUUCACCAUGAAGGGAUGGACGAGCAGUUGAAUCUAGUUAUAGGGAACAUUUUGCGAAGCUGCAAGCUUUCUGAUGCAGAGCUUUCUAAAGUGCUUGUUGAAAUCAACCAUAAAGAAGGGAACAUACAUGCAGUUUUUAAUUUGCUUACUGAAAUGGCCAAGGAUGGCUUUCUUCCGAGUGGUGCUACACCUGCCAAUGCUGGCCAGUAG